GAUUUGCUAAUUUCCCUACAACUCACAUUUAGUUACUACCAUUUAUAUACACUGUACACGGCUCCGGCACCGCGCAUGACGCGCUUGUGAUCCAUCCCUGGUUUUCACCACAGAAGGAGAAGAAAAGUACUGCGAAAAAGUUUGUUUAAAACAUACAAAUUGGUCACAACGUCAACCGUUGUUAGCCAAAUCGCUAAAAAAUUGCCAAGCGUGCAUGUGUUUUGGUACAGAAGCAAGAAACAAAUCUUGUGCGCCACGCAAAUUGAAACAAAAAAUUUUUCCCUGUCUGGACAAAAAACGUUGUAGUCUUUUUCACUCGUUUUGCGCUCUUCGUUUUCCACGCUGCUUCUUCGGAUUCGAUGGUUGCAACGCUUUUCUAAAACUUGAGUAAAAACCUCUGCCAGCUAACCAUCAGAGAUCCUGUCACAGAUAUUUCGCCACUGACGACGACGACGCGCCUUCGCCCCGCCCCCACGUUUUAGCCGGAGGAGCAAGCUAAAAUCAAUCAAAAUUAACGCGGACACAGCUGCUGCUGCUGUUGCUGCUGCUGGUGGUGCUGGUGCUGCUGAGCGACGGAGACGCGAACGCUGCUUUCACUAUAAAGCGAUGGCGAUGAUGAGCUCCGAUGAUGCGAGCAAGCUGCUCGAUUUCAAUCAGAAGCUGGACAUUAAUCUGCUCGAUAAGAUCGUUGAGGCCCUGUACUCGACGCAGGGUGAGCAGCUGCGUUUGGCGCAGGAUAUACUCACCACACUGAAGGAGCAUCCGGAGGCAUGGACACGUGUCGACAGCAUACUCGAAUAUUCACAGAAUCAGCAAACUAAAUUCUAUGCACUCCAAAUACUCGAGGAGGUGAUCAAGACGCGCUGGAAGGUUCUGCCGCGCAAUCAAUGCGAGGGCAUUAAAAAGUAUGUCGUCAGCCUGAUCAUCAAAACAUCCUCAGAUCCGGCCAUCAUGGAGCAGAACAAAGUCUAUUUGAAUAAGCUGAACAUGAUUCUGGUGCAGAUAUUGAAGCGUGAAUGGCCCCGCAACUGGGAGACAUUCAUCAGCGAUAUUGUCGGUGCGUCGAAAACAAAUGAGAGCCUGUGCAUGAACAAUAUGGUUAUACUGAAGAAUCUAAGCGAAGAGGUCUUCGAUUUCUCGCUCGGGCAGAUAACGCAGACGAAGGCCAAACAUUUGAAGGAUACGAUGUGCUCGGAAUUUUCGCAAAUAUUCACGCUCUGCUCGUUUGUGCUGGAGAACUCGAUGAAUGCGGCCCUGAUACAGGUGACGCUGGAGACGCUGCUACGUUUCCUUAACUGGAUACCAUUGGGCUACAUAUUCGAGACGCCGCUCAUUGAGACGCUGAUCUUUAAGUUUCUCAGCGUGCAUGUGUUUCGCAAUGUGACCCUAAAGUGCCUGUCCGAAAUUGCCGGCCUCUCGGCGGCCAAUUACAACGAUAAUUUUGCCACGCUAUUCAAGGACACAAUGGUGCAGUUGGAUCAGAUAAUUGGCCAGAAUAUGAAUAUGAAUCAUGUGUUCCAGUGCGGCGAUGAUACGGAACAGGAGCUAGUCCUCAAUCUGGCAAUGUUCCUGUGCACCUUCCUCAAAGAACAUGGCAAAAUCGUUGAGGAUGCCAAGUAUGUUGAUUAUCUGAAUCAGGCCCUCAUGUAUCUGGUGAUGAUCAGUGAAGUGGAUGAUGUCGAAGUAUUUAAGAUCUGUUUGGAAUACUGGAAUAGCCUUGUCGAGAAUCUGUACAAUACCGAAUUCUUUCAUCCCACACUCGAAUCGUCGAAGCGACAACAAGUUUAUCCCAGGCGCCGUUUCUACGCAGCCAUUCUGUCCAAGGUUCGCUUUAUCAUGAUAUCACGCAUGGCCAAGCCCGAGGAGGUACUUGUGGUCGAGAACGAGAAUGGUGAAGUGGUGCGCGAAUUCAUGAAGGAUACCAAUUCGAUAAACUUGUACAAAAAUAUGAGAGAGACUUUAGUAUUCCUCACCCAUUUGGAUUGUGCGGACACUGAUCGCAUUAUGACCCUCAAAUUGCUGAAUCAGGUCAAUGGUAGUGAAUUCUCCUGGAAAAAUCUCAAUACUCUAUGCUGGGCCAUUGGUUCGAUAUCGGGUGCCUUUUGUGAGGAAGAUGAGAAACGAUUUCUGGUCACUGUCAUCAAGGAUCUGCUUGGGCUGUGCGAGCAGAAGAAGGGCAAGGACAAUAAGGCGAUCAUUGCAUCGAAUAUUAUGUAUGUGGUCGGACAGUAUCCACGUUUUCUGCGCGCCCAUUGGAAAUUCCUAAAGACGGUGGUGAACAAACUAUUUGAAUUUAUGCAUGAAACGCACGACGGCGUUCAGGACAUGGCCUGUGACACGUUCAUCAAAAUAGCCAUCAAGUGUCGUCGCUAUUUUGUCACAAUACAGCCAAACGAGGCGUGCACCUUCAUUGACGAGAUCCUGAGCACAAUGAGCAGCAUAAUAUGUGAUCUGCAGCCACAACAGGUUCAUACGUUCUAUGAGGCGGUGGGUUAUAUGAUCUCGGCACAGGUGGAUCAGGUACAGCAGAAUGCGCUCAUUGAACGUUAUAUGCUGCUGCCGAAUCAGGUCUGGGACGAUAUUAUAUCGCGGGCAUCGAAAAAUGUUGACUUUCUGAAAAACAUGACUGCGGUUAGGCAACUUGGCAGCAUACUGAAGACAAAUGUGGCCGCCUGCAAGGCACUGGGCCAUGCUUAUGUCAUUCAAUUGGGUCGAAUCUAUUUGGAUAUGCUUAACGUGUACAAGAUCACCUCGGAGAACAUCAUUCAGGCCAUUGAGGUGAAUGGUGUCAAUGUGAACAAUCAGCCGCUGAUUAAAUCAAUGCAUGUUGUGAAGAAGGAGACGCUCAACUUGAUAGCCGAAUGGAUAUCGCGCUCCAGUGACAAUCAAUUAGUUAUGGAUAACUUUAUACCGCCCUUGCUGGAUGCCAUCUUAUUGGAUUACCAGCGGUGUAAAGUUCCGUCGGCGCGUGAGCCAAAAGUACUGAGCGCAAUGGCUAUGAUUGUGAACAAACUGCGCCAGCAUAUCACGGAUGAAGUACCAAAAAUAUUCGAUGCUGUAUUUGAAUGCACGCUGGACAUGAUCAAUAAGAAUUUCGAAGAUUUUCCGCAGCAUCGCUUCAGUUUUUAUGAUCUGCUGCAGGCAGUGAAUGCGCAUUGCUUCAAGGCGUUCCUCACCAUACCGCCGGCACAGUUUAAACUGGUCUUCGACUCUGUCGUAUGGGCAUUCAAGCACACCAUGCGCAACGUGGCCGAUCUGGGCUUGAAUAUACUUUAUAAGAUGCUGCAGAAUCUUGAACAACAUCCGAAUGCGGCGCAGAGUUUCUAUCAGACCUAUUUUACUGAUAUUCUCAUGCAAAUCUUCUCAGUUGUCACUGACACUUCGCAUACGGCUGGCCUGCCCAAUCAUGCUAUCAUAUUGGCCUAUAUGUUCUCGCUGGUGGAGAAUCGAAAGAUCACCGUUGAUUUGGGCCCCAUACCGGACAAUAUGAUAUUCAUACAGGAAUAUGUGGCCUCAUUGCUAAAGUCAGCAUUUAAUCAUUUAUCAGAUAAUCAGAUCAAAGUCUUUGUGACUGGCCUUUUCAAUUUGGAUGAGAAUAUACAAGCAUUUAAGGAUCAUUUGAGAGAUUUUCUCAUACAGAUACGCGAGGCAACCGGUGAGGAUGACUCCGAUCUGUAUCUGGAGGAGCGUGAGGCAGCGUUGGCCAAGGAGCAGUCCAAUAAACGUCAAAUGCAACGUAAUAUUCCGGGCAUGUUGAAUCCACACGAAUUGCCAGAGGAUAUGCAGGAUGAAUAAAAUUUAUAUGCCGCCUUGCUGUGCUUGCAUGUUAAUUGAAGCUUGAGAAUGCUGAUAAUAAUGAACGAUUGAUGAUUGAUGAUUGAUUGAUAAUUGAGAAUGAUGGAUGAGUGUUUUCUCGUUUGGAGAAAGAGUAUAAAUGAUUGUUUGAUUGAGUGAAUAUGAGUAUAAACGUUAUAAAUAUAAAAACAAAAAACACACACACCCGCACACACACACACACGCAACACAUACACACACAAGCGCAUCUACAUGCUGGCAGUUGGAUUUAUUUAAGAGAGUUAAGUGAGAGCAAGCGGUGUUAAUGUGCGCAAUUGCAUACAUUAAUAUGAUUAACAUAUUUUUGCGCACUCACCUGCCAACAUACCAAGAACAGAACCACGCACUCCCGACCCAUCCCCACACCCCUCCCCCUUUCCCUAUACCUCCACCCAAAAUUUAGCUGUAAAACAUCGUCGUCUACAUUAAAAAGCAAACGAAAGAUGCAAACUUUAUACAUAUACAUAAAAAUACUAAAAGAAAAGAAACUUAUAAUAAUAUAAUAAUAAUGAUAAUAAUAAUAAUGUUUGUUUGAAAUUUUUAAAUGAGUAUAAAUGUAGAAAUAUCGUAUAUGAAUGAGAAAAACAAGCGAACUCUUCACAGCCCCGCCCUCUCCAUACUUUCCUUUUCACA